UCCGGUAACGACUGAUACCCGACGGAGCCGUUCGAAAUUACGUAUUCGAUAGACGCAACGAACGGAAAGAUUUCGCUCGCGAGGGAACAGCAUCCGCGGAGUAAUUCGCGAGGUGUGCAUCGGUAGACCGAUAGGACCGAUGUCGCAUAACCUAAAAGUUGGCGCGAGCCGGCGCGGUGCAGGCGACUCAGUCAGCAAGUGUCCUUUGUCUUAACGAAGAGACACCGGCGACGAGCCUCGAGGAGAAGAGUGGCUUCCGUGGCCGAGCAGAGCAGCCCUCGAGAAUUCUCUCGCAUCCCCGGCCUGGAGGAGAGAAAGACACCCGAAAGAGUCCAGCACUGCGAUGCUGCCUAGCCGCCGUCGCCGUCGCCGUCGCCGUCGCCGCCGCGCCGCGCCGGAUGGCUGGCGUCAAUAAUACCGAAGUGACGUAAUCCUUUUCGAGGUUCGUUAUUGGAGGAUGUGUCAUCCAAUAGGGAGGGGUCGACGGGGGAGCUGGGAGGCGCGCGCGGUCUCAAAGUGUGCUCCGGGCACGCGUUGCGGCAUCGCGCGGUUCGUCGCGCUAGUAGUGCACCGCUGGAACCCUGACGAGCCAGGUCUCUUGGAGAGGAACGGAGCGCGCGCACGAAAUCAAAGAGAGAGGAACCAUACGGAACCACUGGCGAGAAACGAGAGCCAACCAACCAACAGAGCCGUAGAGUGCGUCGUAGAAGGGAGGGGUGGGACACGCACUGGGUCCUCGCGCUGGCGUCAGUUAUUCGGCUUGCCGCUCGCUAGUCGGGUGUAGUGUGUACUCGCCGCUGAGGAUCACGGGCCGUUGACACGCGGAUUUCUUAACGAGCCACGACCGGGAAAACAGCUCGAUAACGUUGACAGAAUAAAAGACAGGACACCCACACCUAGUGCCACGUAUACCCUACUCCUUGAUGCCAGAAUUCGGACCUUAGUCGGAUUAAGAUAAUGCAAUAAUGUCUUGGCAAAGAAUCUACCUUGCUCUGGGACUGUUCGGCGUGGCGGUGCUCCUGGCGAGCGCCGACAACAGCGUGCACAUUCUGUCGAAGUACCAGCUGGUCACCUCGACCACCCUCAACUGGCUGCCGCGCGUCCACUAUAAUCCGUCGAGGGAAAUAGUCAUCGGCGCCUUUGAGAUCGAGGAGACUGAAGAGGACUCGCACAACCGGGCGGAGAAGUCGGAGAGAGAGACGCCCCUGUACGUGUGCCGGGUGCUGCACACCACCGUCUGGGUGGCUGGCAGCCAGAAAGGCGACGAGAAACGGUGCACGGUGACGAUCCACGGGAACGUGCAGUCCUACGAUAAAUACGAAUUGCUCGAGAACGUGCACAAUGCCGGCCGCGUCAGCUGGGUGCACUGGGACAAAUACAAGCCGACUCCCAUUGGAGCGGUGGCCACGGAAAAGAUGUUCGUGGCUCGGCACGCGGCGCGCAACGACAAAGACGCUCCAGACGGCGCCGCGAGAUACACCCAUUAUAUCGGAACCUUGAAUUCCCAUGAAACCCUCGGCUCUAUCAGUUACGUGAAAGACGAUGGCACGGAGGGAUCUGCGAAGUCCGGCGACGUUCUGGUUGAAACGGAGCCGAUAUAUUACAGUCUAACAAGGGUUAAACUGCACUGGCUUAAAAAGCAAGCGAUCAAGCGCGUACCCCGUAUAUUAGGGGAAGCAACGAUUGCCAAUGAUAGACAGGAAGGUGCAAUCAUGGCGCUGGCCAUUGGCUAUGAAUAUAAGUAUUCCGUGUACUGGGGACAGGGCACCGCUAUGUUGAAGGGCCUAAACACGUCGAUCACUUUGACGAACGGAACGGCUCUGCCGACGAUAGUCUGGGGCACACAGGAGAAGAGCAAUCGCAGCGACACGUACACAGUGAAGAUAUUCCUGCAACCCGGCACAGCGGUGAACGUCACCCUGAAAGCUAAUUACACCGACAUGGAGGUGCCCUACUCGGGAACGCUGAUCUCCCAUUACGAAGACGAGGUGACCAAGUCCCGCGGGAUCAACGGUAUUCGCCGGGAAGAAACUAUGUUCGACGUCACGCCGGAAUUCGGACAGAUUUAUUUCUUAAGCAACAACACCCUAGUUCCUACUACCACCGUACCGCCCACCACCGAAGCGAGCACCACCGUCACGACGGAGGACUCCAGCAAAGAGCCUCGCAAGAAGGACACGAGUAACGAGGACCACGACGAGAACAUGAUUAUACCGCCGAAGAAGUCGGACAUGUCGAAUAUGCAAAGCGACGACGGCGGUCCUCUGUCGCUUAAGAAUAAGGUGGAAGCUUCGCAUUCUGGAACAUGUUCGCAUACGUUGAGCAUUAUAUGUAUACCCCUGUUAACGGUCAUCAUCCAUAAAAUUACGUGAAAACACGACUUCUGAGGGAAUCCUAACUCCUA